AUGAGUGCAGCUGCGCACUCCGUGCUUGAAGCCCUUGAGGGGAGGGCAGCCAACACUGUGAAAGCGUCAGCUCUCCAUGGUGGCACGUUUGUUCUCCCCUUGAACGUCUUCAUCAGUGAUGCCUUGGAGACGGACCGGAGCCUCGUGCCAUCCCUAUCAUUCCUCAUCGUCCAUGAAGACGAUCGUGGCGAGCGAACAAACAUUCUUUUCGAUUUGGGACUUCGCCGGAAUGUCGACGAUUACAUUGUUCAGGUCAGGGAGCAUAUCAAAUUCAGGCAGCCCAUGGAUACUCUGCCGGAUGUCAGGCAAACCUUGGUGGAUGGGGGUUUGAAUCCCUCGGACAUAGCGCACGUUAUAAUCAGUCACGUCCACUGGGAUCACACUGGUACCCCGGCGGACUAUCCUCAGGCGCAGUUCUGGGUUGGAAGCGGAGCCCUUAAUGUCCUUGAGAACGGCCUGGGCUCACACAUGUCACACUCCCACUUUGAGAGUGAACUCUUUUCCGGCCUAAACGUUAAAGAAUUUCCCAAGCCGCCGGUGGAUGGUGAGGAAGGAGACGGAUGGGAGAAACUGGGGAAUUUCUGGGUGUAUGACUUCAAGGGCGACGGCUCCGUGUGGGUGGUGGACGCUCCUGGCCACCUGCCCGGCCACGUUAAUCUCCUCGCUCGCCUUGAUCAGAAGCGCUGGAUAUAUCUUGUUGGCGAUGCGUGCCAUGACCGUCGCCUCCUCACGGGCGAAAAGGAGAUCGCCGAGUGGAAAGACACGGAGGGACGGUCGUGUUGCAUCCACGCGAACAAGAAAGACGCAGAGGCUACGUUGGCACGAAUCCGCGAUCUACAGGCCGCGGCGGUCCACAGCGGAUUCAAACUCGAGGUGAUUCUUGCUCAUGGGAUGGACUGGGCGAAAGCACAUCCCGAGGCGUUCUUGCCGGGUAGCGUGUGA